AUGCAGAAAAAUCCGGCGUCACGCACAACCCGCGGGAAGAACCCGCCGAAAGGAAAGACCACAAAGAAGGUGACGGAGGCGACGAGUUCGACUCCCACGGCCGAGAAAACACCCACGCCGCCACCAGAAGAAAACCCCACUCCGCCGGAAGUUCCACCGCAGCCCAUACCGACCGAAGUGCAACCAAAGCAAAACAUCGGACAAGACAACCCCGCCGAGGCGAAAUCCGACGAAGCGGAACCGGAUCCCGAGGAAAUCAUACAAGAAUUCAUGAGGAAGUACGGGAAAGGGCCGAAGGCGAGCAAAUUCUUCGCACAAAUGUCGGAGGCAUGCCGGAAACAAGAAGAGGUAAUUCCUGCCCUAACCCCACUUACAAUUCCACCAAGACCCCAAACAUUAAUCGAAACACCCACUGCACAAGCCUUACCCACACACCCCGAAAACCCCCAAAUUUUACCCGAAACCCUAACUCAAGAGACGAACCCCCCACACACUAUUCCUCAAACAGAAACUGAGCCCCAUGCCGAACCCUCUGUAAAUAUAGAAGAAACUGAUGCUGAGGAGGGUGAUAGGAUGGAUACGGAGGAAUUAGAGAGAGAGGAGGGAGGGGGUAGUCUAGGUGAGCAAGAAGAAACACCGGAUGUAGAGGCCGCUGGGUCAGGGGACGAAAGAGGAAAAGAGGAGGGUGAAGAUGGUGGGGAGAGUGAUAAAACAGAGGAAGUGGGUCAAGAAGAAACAGGGGAGGUGGAAGAGAGUGAGGAACAGGGUGUUGAGGAGACUGAGGAUGAUGAAAAGGGUAAUGAGGGUAGCGUAGGUGAAGAAGGUGAGGCAGUUGUUGACAAGGAGGCUGAGAAGGAAGGUGAGAGUGUUGAUGAGGAAGUUGCUGAGAAGGAGACAGAGGAGGAAGAGAAUGCUAAAGGAGAGGAUGUUGAGAAGGAGGAAGAAAGAGACGGCGAUGAGCAAGAUGCCGAGAAAGUUUGUGAAGAGAUCGAGACUGACAUCGUCGUGGUGGACGAUACGACUACUGAUGACCAAGUAACUCCGACGGACGAGAGGAUGACGAGGAGGCAAUCCCGUCUGAAUAGAAAGCAAGUGGAUGAGGCAGAGGCAGGCAGGUCCAAGCGCCUGAGGCUGGAAGAUAUAGAGGAGACUGGGGAUGAUAUCCCCCUGGUCCAAGAAACUUUACCAGCCGAGGAGGAGAUCUCUCCGGAGGCCCUGGAGACGAGAUAUGAGGCGGAAAGAAAGAGGAAGGGUAAGCAUGCUGCUAAGCCCCAACAGAAGAAAUCUCGCCCCGCGAACACCACUGUGGUGAUUAGCGAAGAGGCGAUCCGUGUGCCGUUUGCCCAUCCAAAUGAAGAAGAAGGAGGCUGA